AGAAACUUCUUCCUGGUAGAUUAUAAAUAUAGCUUUAAGUACAGUAUACUAGCCAAACCAUUGCCACUUUUGCAUGAUAUUUCUGAGAGAGACAGUCUUCAGGCUAGAAUAAACACCUCAACACAAGUAAUCCAGAUUCACUAUGGAAGACCAGACUGAAAAUACUUUAAGGAAACUUAUCCCUCAGAAAUGGGCUUUGAGUUACUCAACACCAAAAGGGGAUGAAGAAGGAGUUGACAAUCAAAGGGGUAAAUACGAGGAAGAUGAUGGUUCAAGGAGGAGUGAUGAAGGAUAUUGUAGUGUUAUUUCAGAGAGAGAAUCAGCAGUGAAGGCCAUAUCUGUGGCAAGACUCAACACACAUGGAGACAAAGAAAGCACAAAAGAAACUGAAAAACAAAUAGUUGCUAAAAUACAGAGGAUUCGUCUUCAAUAUGAUCGCUGCAUGAUGUUUAUGGAGCAUAUAGUUAAGGAGAGCAAACAUUAUGAAAGUCUGGGGUUAAGUGCCAAUUGUAUUUUAGAAAAGGUCAAAGAGAGACUUGGAAUUUUGCUGAAAUAUACUAAAGAACAGAAUAUUUCUAUUGAGCAGGACCUCGAAUGGUUUCAACAAAGACUCUUUGACAUUUAUGUCACCAGCAAUCCAUACAACCACAAGACCAUUGAACCAGCAAAAGUAACCACAAAAUUUCGGCCGCUUCAGCCAGUUGUGACUAGAGAAGCAAAUAUUGAGGAAUCUGGAGAAGAAUUUGAAGAAAUCCCAAUAAUAUCCAAUAUUGUCAUCAUAGAGGAGGGAGUGAUGACAUAUUCCCACAAUUGCAAGAUAAUAAGUUUAGUAACAAGAGACAGUGACAGAAUUGAUGUCCAUUGUCCAUCUUCUGUGACCAGUUUCACAAGAAUCAGUGAAGACAUGGUUCUGGCAACCCUCCCCUUCCAUGAAAUGAUUCUUAUUAUCAGCCCCAAAACCUUAAAGAUCAAAAGGAUAAAGUUGGGGUUACAUAUGGUGAGUUACUUGGAAGAUUCUACACUUAUAGGUGUAGAAAUGUUUGGUAAGACAGUUUACCAAUUGAUUGGGAGGAUAAUACCAUUAACUAUCAAUUUAUUACCAAGAAACCCCUACAGAUAUUGCUGUAGGGGUCCAGAAUAUACUUGUAAUUACAUUCGCCAGCAUCAACAGAGUAAUCUGUUACAAACUGGAUGGCCAACAGUUAUGGGAGGUAGAGACCCAUUCUCUGCACCUCCCAAGUAAAAUCUCUCUCUACCAAAAUUAUUUCUAUGUCCUCCAGGGACAAAUAAUUUAUAGGAUUUCAGCUAAAGGUGGUGU